AUGCGAUGUACGAACUGUGGUUCGCUGGCGAUCGACUUUGCCGACUCACAGGCCGUGUGCAGUGCCUGUGGUGUCGUGCUAGAGGAGUCUCAGAUCGUAAGUGACAUCACCUUUGCAGAAAACACAGCAGGCGGAGCGGUUGUACAGGGCAGCUAUCUAGGUGCAGAUCAGGUGCGUGCUCGCACAUCCGGACCCGGAUUCCGCGGCAGCUCGGCGGGCGAGUCGCGGGAGUGCACAAUUGCGAACGCCCGCUGGAAUAUCAAUCGCAUGGCCACGGCUCGUGGUGUGCCGGCCCAUGUGGCGGAGCGGGCUCUGCGGUUUUUUCAGCUUGCGCUGGACGGCGGUGCUACGACGGCAUCUGGGGCGCAGCCGAAGAACUUCGUUUUGGGGCGCAAGUCUGACUACACAGUGGCGUCAUGUCUGUAUGUCGCGUGCCGCAUGGCGAAGACGACGCACAUGCUUAUCGACUUUGCUGAUGUGAUCCAAGUCAAUGUGUUCGUGCUCGGUCGAAGCUACCUGCGCCUGCUCCGAGUGCUCAAUCUGCAAAUGCCCCUCAUUGAUCCCUCGUUCUAUAUUAGUCGAUUCGCGGCGCUGCUCGAGUUUGGCGACGAGACUCAGCGCGUCGUGACGGAUGCAACGCGUCUUGUGACCCGCUUCAAGAUGGACUGGAUGGUCGAAGGCCGUCGCCCAGCUGGGAUUUGUGGUGCAUGUCUUCUUCUAGCAGCUCGCAUGAAUCACUUUCGCCGCUCCGUCACAGAAAUUGUCCAGGUCGUCAAGAUCGCCGACGUGACACUCCGCAAGCGUCUCGAAGAGUUCAAGUCAACGCCCAGUGGGCAGUUGACCAUCGAAGAUUUCCGCAGUGUUUGGCUUGAGGAAGAGCACAAUCCACCUGCGUUUUCUCGCGCUCGUAUACCCAAAAAAGACGUACGCAGCGUCGACAGCGGCGCCCCUGCUCAGCCCGAAGAGCCCCUACGAUCUGAUAUUGAUCAGCUGGCUGAUCAGGCUACCGAGCAGGAAAUCAACUCGUAUCUGCAGCAGGAAGACGUUCAGGCCCUGGAUCAUGACCUUGCCAAGCAGGAGCGGCAGCGUGUAGAGCGGGCCAAAUUAAAGCACGCAGCCGAGACGCCUGCAGCUCCAGCCGAAACACCACGCUCGAACGAAGAACUGACGGACUUGGACGAAGCUGAGCUGGACAGCUUCAUUUUGACGGAUGAGGAGGUCAAGAUCAAGGAGCGCGUGUGGAUGGAAUUCAACAAGGACUACCUUGAGGCUGCGCUUGCGCGGCAGCUGAAGCUGGAGGCGGACCAGAAGGCCGGCAUCGCACCCGCGCCGCGUAGUCGGAAGCGCCAAAAGCCGCGGGAUGGAUCAACGGCGCCGACGAACUCAGCUGCCGAGUCAGCGAAACAAAUGAUGCAGCAGAAGCGGUGGUCACGACGAAUCAACUACGACGUGCUCAACAGCCUAUUUCCAAGCAACAAGGACAAAGAUUCUGGGGGUGUGGCUGCUCCUGAUACUGCCCACUCCGCUUUGCCAGCGGAGGAGGAAGACGAAGACGAAGAGGAGGAUGACAACGACGACGACGACGAUGAGGAAGGCCACACGACCAAACGGGCACGCUCUACCAAUGAUUGGAUGCGUCUAAGCGGGCUCGCAUCCCAUGCAGACGACGAAGAAGAUCAUCUGGACGAUGCGGCCGCUUACGCUGACGACAACAACGAUGCUUGGUAG